AUGGUUCCAAUAACAUCGCUACUACCAGAACCACAAAAUACAUCAAUGCAGUUUCUAUCAACAAAAAAUCCCCCAAAAAAAUAUAACCCGUCAAGAACCAACAGUAUACUUGGUAUUCAAUCCUUUCAUAAAUCAAAUAACUAUUCUCAAAAAUAUCAAGAUCUAAAGAAGGACAAUUAUAAUCAUAAUAACGAAAAAGAACAAUUACCAUUAAAAAGUAAUAAUUCUUCAACAGUCUCCUUACACAACAGAGUGUCAAGAACUUUAUCAUACCUAGCAAAAUUCAAGGAUAUAAGUAUUAGAAAAUCUCGUGACUCGAAAAUCUUUUCCUCGUUAUCAUUAUCAUCAAAAAAACAAACUACUUGUCACACUUGUCAGCGAACGCUAGCGAUUUGGUUGGAUGGCCCACGUGAAAAAUUUGAUAAAAAGUCAAAAACUUUUGUUCGUUGUGGUGAAUGGCGAAUUGUAUUAAAAAGUAUUGACAAUUCUAAAAAUAUAAAUUCAAAAUUCUUUGAUGAGCUCUCGAUACACUUACAAAGUGAAAAUAAUAGUGGAAAUUACAUUACAAGGUAUUAUGGACUAACUCAAGAUCCAAAAACAAAUAACUACAUGGUUGUUGUUCAGUACGCAAGAAAUGGAGACCUAGGCAAAUACUUGAGCAAAAAUAUAUCAAAAAAAAUCACUUGGCAGAAAAAAUUAGACAUCCUAUUCGCGAUCGCCACGGGACUUACACGUAUUCACAGCAAAAACCAAGUUCACAAAAAUUUACACAGUGGAAAUAUUCUUAUACACUCUUACACAAUUUUAUUAAGUGACUUGGUGUUUCAAGCCGAUAAUACUGAAAUUGCAGCUGAAGUUUAUGAAAUAUUACAAUACUGGUGA